AUGUCUGCCUUUUCCGAGGCGGGGCUGGAGAAGAAGCUGUCGGAGUUGAGCAACUCGCAGCAGAGCUUGCAGACCUUGUCCCUGUGGCUCAUCCAUCACCAACACUCUUGGCCCAUUGUCACCAUGUGGGAGCGGGAGCUGCGGAAAGCCAAACCCAACAGGAAGCUUACUUUUCUCUACCUAGCCAAUGAUGUCAUUCAGAACAGCAAAAGGAAGGGGCUAGAGUUUACAAAGGACUUUGCACCAGUUAUAGUGGAAGCUUUUAAGCAUGUUUCCAGUGAAACUGAUGAAAGUUGUAAGAAACACCUUGGAAGAGUAUUAUCUAUUUGGGAAGAAAGAUCUGUUUAUGAAAAUGAUGUAUUAGACCAACUCAAGCAAGCUCUCUAUGGUGAUAAAAAGACUAGGAAGAGAACUUAUGAGCAAAUAAAUGUAGAUGACAAUGAAAACUGUUCUCUGGAAUCUCCAAGUGAACCACCUCAGACUCUAGAUCUCGUUAGAGCCUUGCAAGAUCUGGAAAAUGCAGCCUCUGGUGAUGCAGUAGUCCAUCAGCAGAUAGCUUCUUUGCCUGUGGAAGGUCAAGAAGUGUCUCUCCUUGAUAAAAUAACAGAUAAAGAAUCUGGAGAGAGGCUUUCUAAAACGGUAGAGGAUGCUUGUAUGUUGUUGGCAGAUUAUAAUGGCAGACUGACGGCAGAAAUAGAUGAUAGAAAGCAACUCACUCGAAUGUUAGCAGAUUUUCUUCAUUGUCAAAAGGAAGCCCUUGCAGAGAAAGAGCAUAAAUUGGAAGAAUACAAGCGCAAGUUGGCCAGAGUUUCCCUGGUGCGCAAAGAACUCAGGUCUCGGAUCCAGAGCCUGCCAGAUUUAUCUCGAUUGCCAAAUGUCACCGGCAGCCACAUGCACCUGCCCUUUGCUGGAGACAUCUACAGUAAAGACUGAUGCCCAAUCUCUUUCCAGGGCCCAGAACUUUGGAAGAGAUGAAGACAGAUUAGGUGGAUAGUUCUGUAAGCAUUAUUUUUGUAUAUUGUUGAGAGAGUGGUACUAACAAAGAAAUGACAAGUAAUUUAUAAAAUUGUUAAAAUGUUUGUUUGUUUACUAUUUUACUAGUAAGUUAAUGUGACUAGGCUAAACAAAGUGAUGAUGCCUGUGUAUCAGUAACUCACAAAUAGUGAUUAUUUUCAAAAGAUCUUUUUGUAAAUUUUUUUGAUUCAGGGCCUUGUGAAAAAUUCCAUGUUUCUAUUUCUUCAUGUAUUUUCAGUUGCUUUUCUUUUUCUUUCUUUUCAGUAUCUAAUCACUGUAUACUAUCUAAUUCUAAAGGGGAAGAACUAAUCAGGAUCUGGUUGAGACUUUAUUAUGCCACAGUUUAGGACUUGACUGUAGAAGGGACUAAAUGUUCCAACCUAAUUUUCACCCUUCUCCCCCAACACCAGUGCUGGUUCUGUGCCUCUCCAAGGCCUUUGGUUCCUUAGAGGUCUGUAACUUAACAUUAAACAUGGAUGCCCCUGGGAAGGUCAGGUCAAGGCCUAGAGAACUUUCCUCCAUAGCACCGUACGAGUUCCAUUCCAGCUGCCAGAAUAAAAAAGUUACUGAAUGGGGAAUACUUUAGUUGUACUAUUUAGAAUUAUUUGAGCAGAUUAAAAUGAAAGUGUUAUGAAAUUUGACACUCCACCAAGAGAAGAACUUUGGUUCUGGAACUGAGUGCUAUUUGUCAAAUCAGUCUUGUUUUAACAUAAUCGAUCCCUUCAACAAAAAACACUAUCUAUGGGAUUAAAAGAAACAAAGUAAUGAUCAUUUUACUAUUCCCUUGGCCAUAUAACUUAAAAAAUUCUAGAACUUGUAGCACUAAAAGCUCAAGAAUUCAUUAUUCAUCAACAUUUAGUAAACUAACUUUGGAACAUUGAUAGUUUCUUUAAGGUUUUUGAAUGACUGUAUGCUUGGAAAUGAAGCAGUGCUACAUUACAGGGUAGAUCUGGUAAAUUCUAUAUUUGUAUGUUUACAGAUGUAAAUACAAAACAAAUGUACCUUUACCUUUUAUUUCUAACCCUGUGUGUUAGGGCAGUUGCAUGCUCUCCAGCUUUUUGGAAUUUCAUUGUUAAG